AUGCCAUCAGCUCAAAAAGACCCUCAAGAUUAUGAUCUUGUGCCUAUCACGGAUAAAGAACUUAUACACUACACAAGACAGCAGAAUGCUGCUAGUUGGAAGGGUCAUUUGUCGUGUGAAGACUAUGUGAUUCGUGAACAUGUGCUUUCACUCUCACCACUGGCAAAAGGGUUGAAAGUGUUUGUAUUUGUAGAGAAAUCAAAACCUAAGGUGCCCUUGUGUUCUAUGGAGAUCUUAUUUCGUCGUAGCUGGAAAUACGACGGUGAAGGUAGACGUCAAAAUGUUCAAAUGGCUACCAUUGGAGGUGUCUAUACAUAUCCCGAAAAUAGAGGCCAGGGUUAUGCUAGAAUCAUGAUUGACAAGGCAGUAUCAUACAUUCGGAAAUUUGCUGGUGUUGAUUCCUUCACUAUUUUGUAUAGCGAAGUCGGUGAAUACUAUAGUAGGAAUGGGUUCACUAGUUUACCUGUUGAUUAUCUUGAGAUUCCAUUGAAAACCACCCAAUCUAAUACUAAUAAAGCUCAAUCGGUGGUGUUGAAUAAUGAGGUUGUUACUCCAAUACAAUAUCAGGAUUUUGGUCCCUUUUUCGAAAAAUAUGGGGAAGCUGUUGAUGACUGGAUUAAGAAGGAAAUAUCGGUUGAUGGUAAGUCUCGUGUUUGCCUCACACCAACAUCUGAUUUAAUUGAUUGGUUUCAUUUAAGGUCCAAAUACUUGAGUUUCAUGAUGUUUCAUCCAAAUAAAUCAUUUGAUUUCUUGAACUCGACAUACUCAGAAAUAACGAAAGCAUUUGACGAUAUUGAGCCUCAAAUUUUUGGGCUUCAAUUGAAAAAUUCCUCUACUAAUGAGUUCAUUGGGUUUAUAUCAUGGUACUAUGAAUGGUAUACUGAUGAACAGACAAAUGAAUUCAAGACAAAAGUUACGGUGAUUUCCUUACAUGUUGAUCCAUCAUAUAACAAGAGAGAAUAUUCAUUUAAAUUGGUCCAUUUAUUGAAAGAAUUCCUUGAGGAGGAGCCUUCCAACGGCACAUUACAACCAAUGGGUAAGCUUGUGAUUUGGGAACUGGAAUUGGUUGAUCCAACAGUUAAAAAUGCUAUUCUUGAACUGUUUUCUGGGUCCAAAGGUGGCUUGGAAAACGGCUCAAGAUCAGCAAUUUUGUUUAAUAACGAGAAAGAUCGUGAAUUAUUUUCAAGGGGCAAGUUGGUAUGGGAAUUAAACACCAAAUUACCUUGGUUUUAA